AUGGCUGGCCAUUUCCAGUCUCAAGAUUAUGCUUCAGCUGAAGUAGAGGAGAAUGCUAUCAAUGUAGAACCUGUUCUCAAAUCCCUGAAAAGCAAGGCGACUGGCGCAACCACUGAGGGAUUUCCUUACGAUUCCAAGUUCGUGAGAGCCCUGCUCAAAGACGUCCAUAUUUUGGCAAUCGGCGAUUCACUAAUGCGAGGGAUCUACAAGGAUCUAAUUGUAAUGCUGUAUGGCGGUGAACUCAUAGAUGAUGGCCAACUGAGAAGUAAGACGGAACACUCAUUUUUCGGGGACCGACAGAUCGACAUUCUUCCACUUGAGAACGAUCGCGUUUUUCGACAGGCACGGGAAUAUCAUACAGAGUUUUACUUGAUUCAGUAUCUCUUCACUACAAGAGUAAUGAAGGAUGAUAUUGAUACCGCACUUUUGGAACUCUGCUCGGCGAAUGAAUUUCCCGACGUAAUUCUUAUCAACUCAUGUCUGUGGGAUAUAACCAGGCUUAUCGAAGUCAUCCGCUAG